AUGAACAACACAGCAGCAAUCAACGCACACAUUGAUCAUAGCAUAGCAGCAAACACUCGAACGAAUGCACAAAGGAAUUUCAUCACAACAGCCAGCACCCACAACCCUAGACCAUGGUUGUGGGGUGCACAGUUACAGAAAAGAGGAGAGAAAAAAAAAAAAAACAGCCUCGUCACAUGCGGAGGUAAGGCUGCGCACUUGAAUCCCUCCCCAGACUCUGCAAUGACAAGAACCUUGUGCUCUGGACCACCCUUUUUAUUUUCUCAUAAUUCAAUUAAAUCACAAUCUAAUCUAAGAAGAGUCGUGUCAUGUUUCAUUUGCAUGGCAGAAAACAAUUAUCAGUGA